AUGGACAUGGAGGACAGCGCGUCGGUGGCGGCGGCACUCGCGGCUCGCACGCGGACGGCUCCCAUCCUGCGGCUCCCUCUCGAGGUGCUGAUCCGCAUCGCGGCAGGGCUCACAACGCCCGAGCUGUGCGCGCUGCGCCUGACGUGCCGGUUCGUCGAGGAGCUGCUCUACGUGACCUUUACCAGAGAGUUCUUCACCAAGAAGCAGUUCAUGAUGACAGACUUCAGCCUGCAGACGCUCGUCGACGUCUCCAGGAGCCGGCUCGGCCUCAACCUGCGCCAGCUCCACAUCGGCCUCGACCGCUUCCCCGAGGGCAUCCAGCGGCCCUUGGCCGACGACGACCGGGAGCGCAAGUUCAAGCAGAGAUACUCGGACUACUUUACCCUCUGGAACACGGGCGCCCACCGCACCAUGCUGGCCGAGGCGCUUCGCAACCUCGCCAACCUCGACGAGGUGGUGCUCCGCGACUUCAACUCGGCCAAGCGCUCCAGGGACGGGCCCACGGCCGAGUGGACGAGCUACGGGUCCACCACCAUCUUCAACGAGACGGGCGUCCGCCUGAGCCAGGGCGCGACGGGCGUCUGGGACUCGGGGCUCCCCCUGCAGGGCUGCAGCCAGGUCUUCGCCUUGCUCCUGCACGCCCUCGGCGACGCCGCCGUCUACCCCAAGGGCAUCCAAGUCAUGGCGCACAACGGAAGCCAGCUGCGCGACUUUGCCUUUAACGUCCCGCGCUUCGUCGAGCCCUCCAUCGCCCCGGUCCUCGACCGGCUCGAGAAGCUGCACCUGUCGAUUGACCUGUCGUGGAGGAGCAGCCUCUCGGGAUGGGCACACGGAGCCGUCGUGCCCAGCCGCCCGCAGUCGGACACCCGGCUGCUCCGCCGCUUCCUCUGCCGCACCCCCAAUCUCAAGGACUUGCGCAUCAACGAGCACCACGACUACAACCCCGCCCUGGCAGACUUUCUCGAGUGGCUGGCCGCCCCAGCCCCUGUGCCCGACGCUUCCUCGGCCGUCGACGACGACAACCCGCCCCCCGUGGCCAUGUCGCACCUGGAGAACCUGAGCCUGGGCCUCAUGAACGUGGCCCCCCGGACGCUGCUCCACGUCAUCCGCAAGUUUGCCCCGCGUCUCCAGGGGCUGGAGCUGUGGAAGAUGACGCUGCAGCGGCCCCUUCCCCCCGGCAGCGACCCCAGCGACCCGCCGCGGAGCAGCUUCUGGGUCGACUUUAUGAACCAGCUCAAGCAGGUGCCCGGCCUGGACCUCCGGCACUUCAAGGCGGGCAUGCUCAAACAGACAUACGCGCAUCGGCCAAAGGUCUACUUUGUCUCGUUUAAGAAGCGCGGGGUCACAGUCGAGUACACGGGGCCGUGCUGGAAGGACUUCUUUGACGAGGUGACGCCAUUGCUCGAGGUCAAGUGGCCUCCCAUGGUGACGCCGGAAAACGACAGCUCCAACGACCAGGAUUCCGAGGAUGGGUCCGAGGGCUCGCUUGCAGACGAGGACUUGGCUGACGUCGCUGACGGCGAAGACGACGUCGCUGACGGUGGCGAUGCUUGA